AUGGCAGACCCGGAUGUAAACUCUACAAACCACGUGAUUGGAAGUUCAGAAGACACAACGGUCUUGGGUUGGACGUACCUCGUUGUUGGUAUUCUGGUGAUCUCGGCAAACAGCGUCGUUGUAUUCGUCGUGGUGAGGACCCGUGAACUUCAUAUGCCGACGUUGUGGGUGAUAGCCUUCAUGGGUGUUUGUGACUUCUUCAUGGGUUGUCUCAUAUUAGUGUUUUACAUGCCGUCUGCGUUUUCCCGCCGCUUCGUCUACUAUGAUGUCAUGAAGAAUGUGUCCUUUUGUAUACACAUGUUUCUGUUGGGGCAGACGACAUUUAACAUCGCCUUGGCUGAGUUAGAUCGGUACAUAGCAAUUGAAUGGCCAUUGAAGUACAUGAAUAUUGUAACAACCAAAAGGUUCAUGGCAGCUGUUGUGUUGACGGUUAUCUUGGGCGUGUGUCGUAUCGGACUGAUCACAUCGACCGGUAUCGACACAGAAUACGAUCCACAUUUGGCCAUGUCUCUUCCCGCUUUUACCAACAGUACAUCUGGAAUAGGGAGUCGAAUGGCUGGCGUCUUGGUGCUGCCUUUGAGUACAUUUGGAGUUAUUGUAUUUUGUUUCUUAAAGAUCGUUAGCAACGUCAAUCUUCGUCGAAGACUUAAAAUCUCUCUGAUGGCACUUUUGCCCGCUUGUGUGUUCUGUGUAUCUUAUGUGCCAGUGUUUGUGUGCAUUAUUCAGCUGAUUAUUGGCGUGAAGGAGGAAGAUAUCAGUGGCUGGUUGAAAUUUGGUGUUGUUGCCAUAUUUUCCAACAGUUUAUGGAAUGUGCUUAUUUACACUGCCUCCUACCGGCCUUUUUGCAAAGCUCUGACCUCUAUCUUCUGCCACUCCUACAACCGAUGGAAUCGCCGGAUGGACGUAUUGAGGACAUAUGGAACCCGGGAGGCGUCAUCACAGAACAUUAUGUGCCGGAGGGACGUAUUAGAAAUAUAUACAACUGAGAGUGACGUCAUCAGAGAAUGCUGUGACGCCGUCUAG